AUGGCCGAAGCUACCUCUACCCCGCGCAUCAACGCGCAGUACCUCGACAACUACGUCGGCAGCAACGUCAUGCUCGUCGGCAAGGUCACCCAGCUCCGCGGAGACUCUGCCGUUCUCGACGCCGAUGGCAACGUCACCGCCAUCCUGAACCGCGACGUCCACCUCACUAACGGCAACGGUGCUCAAAUCAUCGGCAAGGUCAACCCCGACCUGUCCAUCAAAGUCCUCACGUCCAGAGACCUAGGACCUAACGUCGACUACCAGCUCGCCCGCGCCGUAGUCGACGCAACCCACCACCACAAGUCCCUCUUCAUCUGCGAGAAUUGA